AUGUCGGAACUGGAAGCAAAGAAGGAGAAGUUGGAAGAGCUUGCGAGGCUGAUCGAGCAACAAGCAAACAUAAACGAAGCUGAGAUGGAAAAAUCCAGACUCGAAAGAGAAAUGAGAGUGGUUGAUAAAAACGACAAGAAGCUGCUUAAGCUGAAGAACGAAUUCGGUGAAGAAGUUUAUAAUGAAGUGGUAAGAGCAAAGCUAGAGAUAGAGGGUUACAAUGCAAGUGGUAGCUAUGUGACUUUAGAGCUCUCGAACUACGAGGAAAACCGAAAGGCGACAAUGGAGGAAGCAACAGAUGUGAUGUUGAAGAUAAGGAAGGAUCUUGCUGGUACCAAGAACAAACGUAAGAGGCCAUUGAGACAUUGGGUGGUUUUAACAAGUGUUGUCGGAGCGGAGCGCUUCUUCUUGUUGGGGCUAUUAUCGAAAUGGGAAUUGCUGUCGGCUUCCUACCAAGUAAACUGUCGUUCUGAAGACUGA